AUUCAUAUACAUAUAAUAUAUAUAUAUAUAUAUAUAUAUAGAUAGUGAGUGCUGUAAGUGGUGCCAUUAUGAGCACCGACAAGAAUGUUCGGCGUCGCAAUAUAACGCCAACCAGCGAUCCUCAAAAUACCGAUCCUCUAUUAAACCAGCGCCAUUUGUAUUUUGACGAUGAGUUUCAGAAACCAAACUGCUGCGAACGUGCCUUUGUCACCAACAACAAAAUCAAGUGGUACUGGGCCCCAGUAUUCCUGAGCUUCUGGGUGUUGCUUUACUAUGCAAUCGCCAUACCCGCCUAUCACAGCCUGCCAACGCCGCUAACCAUCAAGGAUGAGGCAAAGUAUCCGGAUCGUUUUAUUGCCGAGCGGGCGGAGAUGAAUCUGCGACAAUUGGUCGAUCUGGGUCCCCGCGUCGUUGGAAGCCGUGCCAAUGAGUUGGGUGCGGUCAAGUUCUUCACCGGAUCUGUGCAGAAAAUGCGCGCCGAUUUGGGCUCUGUAUUUGACAUUGAGGCGGACGUGCAGGUCGCCUCAGGCAGCUAUAUCCAUUGGGAAAUGAUCAACAUGUACCAGAGCAUACAGAACUAUGUCGUCAAGAUAAGUCCCAAGGACUCCAACAGCACCUCGUAUUUGCUGGUCAACAGUCAUUAUGACUCGGUUCCGGGAGGCCCGGGUGCCGGUGAUGAUGGUGCCAUGGUUGCCAUUAUGCUGGAGACUAUACGCGUUUUGGUUAAGUCGAAGAAAGCUCUGAGGCAUCCAGUUGUAUUCCUGUUCAAUGGCGCCGAGGAGAAUCCGCUGCAGGCCUCGCAUGCCUUCAUUACACAGCAUAAGUGGGCCAAGAACUGCAAAGCGCUUAUUAACUUGGACUCGGCGGGCAGCGGUGGUCGUGAAAUACUUUUUCAGUCCGGACCUAACCACCCCUGGCUGAUGAAACGGUAUCGCCGUGCAAUUAAACAUCCUUAUGCCUCGACCAUAGCCGAGGAGAUGUUUCAGAGGCAUUUUAUACCCUCCGACACAGAUUUUCGCAUUUUCCGUGAUCAUGGCGCUGUUCCCGGCCUGGAUAUGGCACAUCAGUACAAUGGCUAUGUCUACCAUACGCGCUACGAUCUUCCCGAAAUCAUACCGCGAGGAACCUUUCAAAAUACUGGCGAUAAUGUGCUCGCUCUAGUCCGUGAAAUUGCAAAUGCACCGGAGCUGGAUGAUACUUCUAAAUACGCUGAGGGUCACACGGUAUUCUUCGAUGUGAUGGGCUGGUUUCUGGUCUUCUACUCGGAAACGGAAGGCAUCAUACUUAAUGUUAUUAUCUCGCUGGCUGCAAUCUGCUCUUGUGGAUACUCCUUCAAACUAAUGGCCGCCAAUGCUGGCGUUAAGCUUCAGAAAGUCCUCAAGCGUGCUCUCCACACAUUCAUUGUCCAAAUUAUUGCAGUCUUCGCAGCUGGCAUCCUGUGCUUCUUUUUGGGCAUACUCAUGGACUUGAUGCAUCUGCCAAUGUCCUGGUUCACGCAUUCCUGGCUCAUUUUGGGUCUCUAUUUCUGUCCGCUGUUCUUUGGAUUUGCCAUUGUACCAGCCCUGUACUUCCACUUUACGCCAGAUGUUCGUUUCCCGAUUGGCCAUCGCGUGCAACUACUGCUGCAUUGCCACUGCCUCUUCCUGUCGUUGCUCACACUAGUGCUCACGAUUUGUGGCAUACGCUCGGCCUUCAUCUUCAUGCUUACCAUUUUGUUCUACACCGUUGCCUUAAUAUUUAAUUUGGCCACAAAGUUGCACAACAGCGAGCUCGCAUGGAUCAUUCCACAUAUAGUCUGCAGCGUGCCACCAUUCCUGUUUUACGCCUAUCUUUCCCAUGGCUUCUUUGUCACCUUUAUACCAAUGACGGGACGCUUUGGAGCGGGUGUGAAUCCUGAUCUAAUAAUAUGUGCCUUUACAGUAAGCGUUGGCUUACUCACAGGUGGUUUUAUGAUACCUGUGCUCAACAUGUUCCGCAAGUCGAAAACCAUUAUCUGUUCUCUAUUGGGCAUAACGCUAAUCUGUAUGAUACUCGCUGCAACACCUUUGGGCUUCCCCUAUAGACCUGAAACCAAUGUGCAACGGUUUUCUGUGCUCCACACGAAGCGGACCUUCCACGAUGCCAACAACAAUGUGCGCCGCGUAGAAUCCGGUUAUUUCCUUUUGCCCCAAGACAGACGAACCUAUUCAGUCAAAAAACAUGUGCUGAACGUAACACUGGCUCAAAAUCUCCACAAGGACUGUGAAUCGGAAAUGUUGUGUGGUCUACCACUGUAUAAUCAUCGCUGGCACAAAGCCAGGGCUUCUAGCCUGUGGAUACCAGCACCGGAGCCUGUGCUUGGCACCGUGCCUGUGGCCAAGGUCAUUAGUAAGAAGCAAAUAUCGCCGAACAAAAUACGUUAUGAAAUGCAAUUGAGUGGCCCAGAUCACAUGGGUCUAUUCAUACAACCCUUGAAUGGAGCUACCAUAACAGACUGGUCUUUCCAUCGCACACCGUUGCGCAUGAAUUGGAAACCACCAUUCUUUGUGUACUUCUCGUAUGGGGUCAAUGGUGAUCCGCUGAAGUUCUGGUUGGAGCUAGAGCGCAACAAGGGAGACUGGACUCAGCCUGCAUUUGAGCUUGGCUUAAGCGGCCACUGGAACCAUCACGAAGAACUUUUUACACCAGAUUUCCGGAAGUUCCUCAAUAGUUUCCCCAAAUAUGUGGAUGCUACAGCAUGGCCAGCCUCCUACGAAACUUGGCACUACUAAAGAGUAGUGAAGUAUUGAACAGUUAAUAUAUUUCGAAGUUGCUUGCCAUUAUGAACAUAAGGAAAACGACAAAAUAAAUUUAGAAAGAAAAUAUAACAUAUUAUUUAAAAUUUA